AUGGCUGCCCUUGUCACGCUCUCUGCUGCUGCAGUCCUCCUCGGACUCCUCCUGCCUUCCGCCAUGGCCAACAACAACGUUCUCUAUCGGGGCGACAAGCUGUUACCCGGCGAAUCCCUCACCGAAGGGACCUAUGAAUUCAUCAUGCAGGACCACUGCAAGCUCGGCCUCUACGACAACGGCAACGACAACCGCAGGGAAUUGUGGUCCUUCCAAUUCGUCAACGGCCGAGGCUGCUACGCCAGGCUCGAUACCGACUACUACUUCCGCAUCUACGAUGAGAAUGGCGAAAAUUUCGCUUUCAACACCAGCCCCGGCGACAUCCUCGUCCUGCAGCGCGACGGCCACGUCGUCAUCUACAGCAGGCCUGUAUGGAUUAUCCCUGAGGGUGAACCCACGAACAGGAAGAUCGCCAUGAUUUCACUUACUGUUUAUCGUUAUCCUUACCUUCCAUUUUCAUAUUCAACUGAUGAAAAAAGACAUAAAAUUUUGUUUUAUGUUUCUGUGGCAUUGUAA